AUGGGAUCGAAAAAUCCUUAUAUCAAGGGCUCGCAGUCCCGCGUCCAGAAUCCUCGAGCAGGAGUCAAUGACCUGUAUGGCUCAGGAGUCAAUGACCUGUAUGGCUCAGGAGUCAAUGACCUGUAUGGCUCAGGAGUCAUGACCUGUAUGGCUCAGGAGUCAAUGAACUGUAUGGCUCAGGAGUCAAUGACCUGUAUUCCAGAGCCACUGAAUGGCUCAGGAGUCAAUGACCUGUAUGGCUCAGGAGUCAAUGACCAGUAUGGCUCAGGAGUCAAUGACUCUGUAUGGCUCAGGACAUGGCUCAGAGUCAAUGACCUGUAUGGCUCAGGAGUCAUGACCAGGCGGCUCAGGAGUCAUGACCUGUAUGGCUCAGGAGUCAAUGACCUGUGGCUCAGGAGUCAUGACCUGUAUGGCUCAGGAGUCAAUGACCCAUAUGGCUCAGGAGUCAAGAUCUGUAUGGCCCAGGAGUCAAUGACCUGUAUGGCUCAGAGUCAAUGA